AUGACAAUAAUAAAGAAUUUUAGGAUCAUCUUAACUAAAUCUCAGGCGGUCUUUUUCCCCGAACAAUGUGUCGAAGGAAUUGUGCAGUUUAACAUCGCUGAGAAGUUUGAAACUACGGGCAUUUUCCUGGAGCUGACGGGCCUGUCUUAUGUCAUUGUUGAGGAAAAGCACAGUAAAUCUAAAAAAGGGGUGGUCAGUCAGCACACAUCAUUGGAGAGGUACUGUCACAUCAGGAUAGACCUGGCCACUAAAGGUGGCACUGCUUUUCCGUUAACUACUGGAACUUAUCAAUUUCCGUUCUCAACGCAACUUCCAGAUGAACUGCCCACGUCCUUUGAGGCUGACAAUGGAUGCACACGUUAUUAUUUACGGGCGUACAUACUACGUGAAUCGCAGAGCCAGCUGGAAUGUCUUCUCCCUUUCACUGUCAACACGGUCUUCAACCUAAACGAAUCACCCUACGCAAUGAGGUCCGAUGAAGCCGAGGAUGUACAGAUGGUGGGCUGCUGCACUUCCGGUUCUGUUAAAGCGAGGCUGAAGCUUAGCAAGAUCGGUUAUGUUCCAGGGGAAAUAAUUCAGUUAGACGGAGAAUGCGUAAACCAAUCUAAGAAGUCACUUAAAAAUACAUUCCUGGAAAUCAUAAUGAAUGUCACCCUAAAGGCGACUGACAAAGAGCACUCAUUACAGAGAAGCAUGAAGACCUGGCAUCUGCAGGAGAUCCAAGGAAACACAACUCUGUCCCUGGACAACAUUCGGCUUGUGGUUCCGCCAUUACCGCCAUCAGGGUCCCGAUUCUGCAACAACAUCGAUGUUCAUUAUUGUCUGCAACUAACAGCAGAAGUAACAUCUGGGGUUCGAUGUAAAGUGUCCGUAGGUCUCAUUAUUGGAAAUGUGCCGUUAGAACUUGGCAACAGUCAAUUUACAGAGCAGGAGGGCACAGAUAAUAUUGGUUCCAUCGAAACUCAACUGCCAGAAAAUCUGAGAACCCUUAUAAGGAAGAAUUUAUGUGUUCCCGUCUUUCGAACUAGUAGCAUAUUUUCUGUAACUUUGGAUCAUCAUUUCCCUUUGUCCGAUGAAAAUGUAAACAAUCACCAAUUGCCAGAUAAAUUACAAUGCCCUGGAAUUCAAUGGCACCCGUCAUAUUUAUACUUUGUUGAAAAAAACAAAAAGUGACUUGCAUUUUAUAACGUGAUAAUUCUACUGAACAUGAAUUUGUGGAAUUUUCUGAUGAACCAUAGUCCCUUUUUUCACAUCCUUGU